UUGCAGGUCUAUGCCAUCAUCUCCUUGCAGCUCCUGGUGACGGUGGGGAUUAUCGCCGUGUUCACUUUUGUCCCUGGGGGUCCUGGUAGCAGGAGGGUCGCAUGGUUGACACACAUUGUCUCUCUCUGCAGUGCUGUGUUCCUGGUGACCUACCUGGUGCUGGCCUGCUGCCAGGGUCCCCGGAGACGCUUUCCCUGGAACAUCAUCCUGCUGAGCAUCUUUACGCUGGCCAUGGGGCUGAUGACAGGGACAAUUGCCAGCAUGUACCAGACCAAUGCUGUCCUGAUUGCCAUGCUCAUCACUGCCAUUGUGGCCAUCACUGUCACCAUCUUCUGCUUCCAGACCAAGGUUGAUUUUACGUCAUGUCCAGGUCUCUUCUGUGUGCUGGGCAUCGUGGUCAUGGUGACUGGGAUAGUCACCGCCAUCGUCCUCUCCUUCAGAUAUGUCCCUUGGCUCCACAUGCUGUACGCAGCCAUCGGCGCCAUUGCCUUCACCCUGUUCCUUGCCUAUGACACUCAACUUGUGCUGGGGAACAGGAAGAACACAUUAAGCCCCGAGGAGUACAUCUACGGUGCCCUCACCAUCUACACUGACAUCAUAUACAUCUUCACCUUCAUCCUGCAGAUCGUGGGCCGAGAUUAGCCUGGGACCUCUCCU